AUGCCCGCCCCACGCGUCCUCUGCCUGCUUGCCGCUCUCCUGGCUGUGGCGGAGGCCCAGGGGACAGCAGAAACGAAGGAAAAUGCAGGCUAUUCCUUCUCCUGUGUAUCCUCCGCCACGCCCAGGAACAUCUCCCUCUUCUUCGGGAACGGGGUCUUUGUGAAGAUUCAAUCCCAGACCUGCUCUACGAACAGCUGCAAUAUCGAGUUCCCUCCUGUCUGGCCGAUCAUCAACACCGUCUACACGGGAGGCCGGUGCCCGAUCUGCAUUGCCCCGGGUCAGAGCAGCUGUUCCAGCACGGAGACCCUGCAGUGCGAGGGCCGUGCCAGCCAGUGCAUUUCCAUCAGCGGGCAGAUCUCGGAAGAUAACAUCACGAUACCCUUUGCAGCCAGCGGCUGCGCUACCCCGAAUGCCUGCGAACUCAAGAAGGGAGAGAUUCUGAACUCGGGAGUGUUCACCUACACAAUAGCACAGAUUGAGUGUUACACGCCCAGCAGUGCUCAGCGGAUGCUGGGCCCCUUCGUCCUGGGCAGCAUCUUGCCCAGUCUGGCUGGGCUCCUGGCAGUGAAAUUCCUCUCCUAAUGCCCCCUCUGUGUUGCUCCCCCUCCGCCAGGGGGAGCCACCCCACAGCUGAAUGAUGCCCUCAUGGUCCGUGGGUCUCUCUCCUCUCCCCACACCCACCCACGCCUCAGUUUCCCCAUCUGUGCCCAAAGGAUAAUGAAGCUGAACUGCUUUUGCAAAGAUCCAGGGAGUCAGGGCCCCAGGCAAAGCCCAUUACAGCCAGAGUGGGAGGAGGGGGCGCGUGUGUCUCUGGACAGACUGUGACGUGCUGGGGAACAGCGCUGGGUCUUAUUGUAUUCCACAGCAGCCCCUGAGAGACCAGCGUGGGGACAGAACUGGGGACAGCCUGGGCUCCCAGCCCCCACUGCUCGACCCCAUCAGCCCCCACUCCUCUCCCAGAGCUGGGAUAGAACCCAGGAGUCCUGGCUCCCAGCCACCCCGCUCUAACCACGGCACACCACUCC